GAGCAAGAGGCGGUGAAGCCUGGUCUCCUGGUCCUCACUCGUGCUGAGCCCUCUCUGCCUCUGGCAGGGUGGCCAUGGCAUCCGGAGAUCGGAGUCUGAGUUUCAUCUUGGAUCAGAAAAACCUUCGUGAGCUGCUUCUGGAGCUCGACUCACAGCUGGGGGCCCAAGAGGUGGAAAGCCUCAAGUUUCUCUGCCUGGAUUUGGUCAGUAAAAAGAAGCUGGGGGAGGCAGACUCGGCCUUGGAUAUUUUUGAGCUCCUUUUGGCCUACGAGCUCGUGCAAGAACAGAAUAUUUUCUUCCUCGCGGAACUCCUCUACAUCAUCAAGCAGAUCAAACUGUUGCAGCACCUCGGGUACAGCAAAGAGGAGGUGGAGCAUCUGCUGCCCAAGCGAAGGAAGGUGCCUUUGUUCAGAAAGAUGCUCUACGACCUGUCAGAAGGCAUCAGCGCAGAAACCUUAAACAGCAUGAAGUUCCUUCUGGGAGGGUCACUGCCCAAGUCUGAGAUGAACUCUCUGAAGUUUUUGGACUAUCUGGAGAAACAAGGUAAAAUACGGGAAAACGAUCUGACGUUCCUAGAAGAACUCUGCAAAAAAGUCACCCCGAGCCUUACAAGAAUAAUAGAGAAGUAUAUAGAAGAGAAAGCUGCUGUAGACAAGGAAACUGAGCCAUUGCAACAAGAAGAGGAAGAGAUAAUUUCCCAGGCAGACAUUGAACAAUUCAAUGGAGCCUUACCGGCCGCUAUGUAUAGGAUGGACCAGAAACACAGAGGCCAUUGUGUCAUCAUCAACAACGAGAUAUUUGCUGCUUCCCUGCCAAAUAGGCAUGGGACCCAGAAAGAUGUGGAGUGCCUGACACAAGUGUUUCAGUGGCUUGAGUUUACAGUCAGCACAUAUAAUAAUAAGACAAAGGAAGCCCUAGACGCACUGCUGCAGGAGGAGAAGCGCCACCCAGACCAUAAGCAUGCAGACUGCUUCGUGUUCUGUGUCCUGACCCAUGGCAAAUUUGGAGCUGUCUACUCUUCUGAUGAAGUCCUCAUUCCCAUCCGGGACAUUGUAUCUCACUUCACAGCCCAGCAAUGUCCUGGAUUGGCUGGCAAGCCUAAACUCUUCUUCAUCCAGGCCUGUCAAGGGGAUGAGAUACAACCUGUUGCAUCCAUCCAAACUGAUGCUGUGAAUCCUGAGUGUAUAACUCCUUCCCUUCGGCAAAGCAUCCCUAAUGAGGCAGAUUUCCUGCUUGGUCUGGCUACAGUCCCUGGGUAUGCAUCUGUUCGGCAUGUGAAGAAUGGCAGCUGGUAUAUACAGUCUCUCUGUGAACAUUUGAAAGCCUUGGUCCCAAGAGGUGAAGACAUCCUAUCCAUCCUCACGGCUGUUAAUAAUGAUGUGAGUCAACAAAAGGACAGAAGUGGAAAAAUGAGACAGAUGCCCCAGCCUGCUUUCACACUAAGGAAGCGACUAGUAUUUCCUGUGCCACAGGAGCAGCCUUCAUCAUAGAAGGGAAUUUGAUGGAAUAAUAAGCUUGAAAGGAACCUUUGAUCACAUCCUCUUUCCUCCCAUCCUGCAUGGGAACCUGUGACAGAUGAUGAGCUGGUCUCCAUCUGUCCUCUAUUUUUUCAAUACAUCAAUUCUGACCUUUUUUUGAAAAUACUAUUUUUGAUAAGUCUGAACAUUAGACACUUUUCCUUAUUGAAGACAUAGGUCGUAUGUAGCUUUAAUUGUGUAACUUGAAUAGAAUAAUUGGUUGUGGUUUGUGAAUCUGAGAUACUCAGUAGAAUUAGGUUUGGUUCAAACUUCUCUUGAACCCAAGGAACCACUGUUCUUAACAGACUGUUCAGCUGCUCCAGUAACAGAAACUGCAGGUUACUGUCAACAUCUGUGUUGACUAGAAGCUUUCAAGUGUUGCUGACAGAACACCUAACUCAAACUAAGUGAAACGAAUUUAAACCCACCAAUGAAGAAAACUGGCUUCAGGCAAGACUCAGUGUACAGAGAAGCACCUUUCUCUUCCCUGAGUAUCCUCAGAUUUUGCAAUUGCACUGUAAUCAACAGCCUUCACCUUGCACUACACACUCUACUGCUCUGGCCUGACAGACAGGCAGAGAGUCCAUCUCAGGGAUCAGAGCUGUUUAUUGGGUUGUUAUCAUGGGGUUGUCCUUGGUCGGAGAGAUACUAGGCACUGGAUUAAGGAAGCAGCUUCAUUUUGAAACAUUGAUACCUUGAGAAUAAGAUUUUGGAUUUUUUUUGUUCUUAAUUUUUUUUCUUUUUCAGUUUCAAGAGAAAGUUUUCUUUGUAUUUCCUGGAAUCAUAUUUUAAAGUAGACCUGGGAGGGAGAUUGAAAGUUCUGUGGUUAAAUGAUUUAUAGAUAAGGAAGCUGAGCCUAAGGAGCUAUAACAACUUACAGUUACCUGCUGUCAUGGCUUAUUGACUUUAUUUCCCAUGAAAGUGAACUGUAAUGAUAUAGGCUAUCAUACGAUAUUAUGAACAUUUCUUUGCACAUGCAACUACUCAUAAGAAAUGCUAAGAAAUGCAGGAAAAUAUCUUUCGAGAGUGCCUUGAUAAAUAUGUGAAAGUUAAAUGCAUCUAUAAUGGGUUUUCCAUGAGUAGUUUUUAUACUACUUUUCUCGGGUAGCUAGCAUUGCAUGACUUUGAAUGCCACUUGACUGAAGAACUAUGUUUAAUUUACAUGUUAGGAUGGUCUUCCCAAAGCAUUUUUUUCAUACAGCAAAGGCUAAAAGCUGGUGAUAAGAGUCUCUGGCCAGGUGGAUAUGUGUAGCCUUUGGCCACUUAACAGUCGUUCUCUGCAAGUGAUGGAUGGCAUGACACAAAAGAAAGAACCAAGGACACGGAACAAAGCCUUGAUAUUUAUUUUGUCCUGCACGUCCCUUUCUCUGAGACACUAAUUCAAUCCAGCCAACUUUUGGAGCCUCAGCCACAAGAUAUUGGAAACGUGAUAGAAAAUGUGUAGUUCUGUA